CCCCUUUGCUAUUUUUGUGCCUGGGUCCGCACGUCACGGUUGGGUAUUUUCUCUGGUGGCUUGCUCGCAUCAAUAGAUCUUCUAAUGUACACCCAGUCGGCCAGCAGCUUCACAACUGAUGGGACUUAACCUGGCUGGGCUCUUUGUUCUGAUCACUACCUGGACAUGAGGGGAGUGGAGGACAGGACGCUGCAGGAUGAGGAAUGUCACAUGUGACUGUCGCUAUGGAACGAGGGAGUAUUCAAAUGUCAGAUGACCCUUCCCUGCAGUUCACAUACGUGUUAGUGCCACUACAGUUGCAUAACAGAUAUCAUCCUUGAAAAUCGAUCGCAAAGGAAGUGACAUUGGAUUCAUGGAGUCACUUGAAACUACUGCAGGGGUGAAAAGCUCCGCUGAGGGUCAGGAGAGAAAUGUUGCAAAGAAAAAAGGCUCAUCGGAUGCUGCACAGACUAAAAGAAGACCAUCGGUCGAAUUGGAAAGCAAAGCAUGGCACCAGCAGCUAGGAGACACGUGUGGUUUCAGUGAAAUAUCUGACUCAGGAAAAUCUCUACAAUUAGAAGAUCAGUCCUCUCACAACCUGUCUGCAAGCCAUCAAGAUGUUGAAGUGUCUUCACAUCUGCCACAGUCCGCAAAGCCCUUUUCUGGUGGCAGGCAAAAACUUUCAGCUCAGGCACAUGGAGCUGCAUCUCAAAGGAAGUGUCCAACUUCACCUGAAGUCCAACAAACAGGUUCCCUUUCAGGAACAGAUCAGCUGUCACAGGUGGCUUCUAAAGGGGAGCAGAAACCUCAAAAACCAGGGAAGUAUGUUUGUGAUUAUUGUGGAAGGGCAUGUGCCAAACCCAGUGUGCUUAAGAAACACAUACGUUCCCACACCGGGGAGCGACCCUAUCCAUGUGUCCCCUGUGGGUUCUCCUUCAAAACCAAGAGCAACCUGUAUAAACACAGGAAGUCCCAUGCUCACUCCGUCAAAGCUGGCACGGUGCCAUUCUCUGAACAUGGGUCUUACAACGCCAUUACCGACCAGGGGUCUUUUGAAGGAGAAGGAGAGUUAUUCUCUGAUGCUGAGCAAAGCACGGACACAGACGAGGACACUCUUAAUGACCCGCUGCUGCUGCUGGACUCUCCAAUGGAGGGAUCAGAUAACACUGCUGUAAAAGUACUAAAUCUCAUAGCGCAGAAAAAGGGAGCCACAUCAAUGUCAGCUCAGGAUGGUUCAUCCCAGCCACAAGAAAUCAAUGCAUCUCCUGUCACGGCCGAGGCUAGUCGUGCAAUUCAAUCUUCCGCGAUCAAGCAAAAGCUCGCACUCCGGCUGUCUGAAAAGGGAAGCAGUGACUCUGAGCAUAAUCUGUCCCUCCCGAGUCAAUCCAGCAAGGGCAGCACAGACUCUGGGUACUUCUCACGCUCUGAGAGUUCAGAGCAUCAGACCGGUCCUCCAAACACCAACGCAAAGUCCUAUCAGGAAAUCAUGUUCGGAAAGUGCUAUCGGCCGAGUCCUAAACAGACCGCGGCUUACGUGGCUUGUUGCACAGAAUCAGGGCAACGUUCUGGGAAAUGCUCAGAGAAAGGGGUGUCCCGCGUUUUCACUCAAGAAAAAGAUCAAGCGGAGUCAAUCAAAAUAAACACAAAAUCGUUCACGAGGGAGGAGGUAAAAGACUUGCAGUCGGACGCCAGCUGCGACACGGGCCCUCUGAUCAGAAGCAACUCAAUGCCAUCAUCCUCAGCUGUGUGCCUGACGAUGCCACAAGCCCUCCGAGGCAGCCACUCCUUUGAUGAAAGAACAAGCACAAGCGGGAUGAGGAGGCUCAAGAGGCAAGGUGCUAUCGAGCUAUCUGUGCACGAUGGUCACACAGACGCAGAAAGCCUUGGAAAGAUUUCACCCUCAGGACAGGAAAUGGAAAACUACUUAUCAACCGUGCCUAGUGUGAGCCAACAGAAACAAGCAAUGGAGAUGGCAACUCGUAAGCGUCGCAAAGAGAAGAGAGAAGAGGAGGAGGUACCGGGGCAGUAUGAGAGCCAUCAUGAGCAGUGUGAGGAAAUCUUUGAUCCAAACAAAGACCAUGAUUUAAAACAAGCUGCAAUGGGUAUCAUGGCUUUAGGGAGGGCACAUCUGGACAGGUGUGAUAUCGACGUAUCAAUGAGCUCUGAAUCAUCUGGUCGUAAAACCUUAGGAAACGUGAUUUCAGUCAUUCAGCACACAAAUUCAAUCAACAGGCCUCACUCAGAACAGUCAGAAUCCUACAAGUGCCACCGACUGGAAACCAGUGAAUCCUUUGAGAUGGAAUGUAGACUAAGGCAGCCUGUUCAGAUGGCGCCUAAACUUGUGCGACAGCCAAACAUUCAAGUCCCAGAAAUCAGGGUUACAGUUGAGCCUGACAGUCCAGAAAAAGCUCCAGAAGUGCAAGUGAAGGAACCGGAGAAGCACACCGAGGUGUUUCAGUGGCCUCAGAGGAGUGAAACUUUAGCACAAUUCCCCCCAGAAAAACUCCCUCCGAAGAAAAAACGGCUUCGCUUGGCUGAAAUUGAGCACUCCUCCGGUGAAUCGAGUUUUGAGUCUGCUUGCACUAGUUUGUCUCGCAGUCCGAGUCAGGACAGCAACUUGUCUUAUAGCUCCACUUACUCCUUUGACAGAGAAGAGACCUUAAAAUCUGCCUCUCCAGUCCGACAAGAUGAAUUUGGCAAACCGCUGGAGCUUUUAGCCGUGCCAGGGAGUGGGCACUCCCUCUCUGUGCUCCACCAGCGCCAGCAGCAUGAAAUGAGACGCUCCUCCUCAGAACAGGCGCCAUGUAACUUGCGCAAGGAGUUCCCAGAGGUACGCAGCAUAUCAUUUGACUAUGGCAGCCUGUCUCCAACAUCCAAAGUUAGACACGUGGACAUCAGCGCUGUGAAGGAGAGGAGGAGAGGAAACUUGGUGCGACAGGAGUCACUGAAUAUGGAGACUGAGGUAGCACAAGUCCCAUCACAGGUGUUUCCACCGUACCUCAGCAGCACCGCCCCGCUGUUUGCAGCAGCCACUGUUCUGCCACAGACUUUGCCAAUAUUUUCCACUGGGAGCACAUUUCCCCAGCUGCCACAUCCCAGCCUUGUAGUUCCAGUUAGGAUUCAAACCAAUAUGCCAUCGUUUGGCAGCGUCACAUACACCUCCCUAUCGCAGAUGGUUGACAAUCACUUUGACGUAGUUAGCUCGGCCACGUCCUCUCUUCAAAGCCAAACCUCCCGCUUGUCUGGGCAUCUUGAUGCUCAUAACAUAUCAGCUCACGCAAAACCACCCGCAGCUCACUCUUUCAACGUUGAGGCCCUAGAUUUGUCAUCAGCUAAGCUAAAGACAGGCAUCCCUCUGUCUUUGACCUCCAGAACCAUCUCCACUACGAACGCCUCCAGUGGUGGCACAAACAAGCGGAUGCUGUCUCCCGCCAGCAGCUUGGACCAGUUCAUGGAGGUCAAGCAGCAAAAACGAGUGAAGGAGGAAAGAAUGUUUGGGCAAAUAGUUGAGGAGCUGAGUGCUGUGGAGUUAGGGAAAUGCCAUGUGAGUGAGGAGAAGGGGCACAGGUCAGAGAUGAGGCGCACAUCGACACCUGGAGUUCAGAGUGACUCGUGUAGGAAUACGUUUGUCGCACUUCAUCAAAAGGCAACCGAAGCCGUUGAGCUUGGUGCUGAAACCGCUAUGGACAGUAGCUCCCCUCCUCACUUGGUGACGCCAGUAAGUGAAACAAAAGAGCAAGUGAAGAUGGAAGUGUCCACGCAGCUUGGUCACAGUCAAGACAUCCUCAUCUCAGAUCCUUCCAGGCUCCUAUCUCAGUUUCCAAGUCUCCGCACAAUGACUGGCGUGAGCUGGUGUUACCUCAACUACACCAAACCGAGUUGCGCUGACAUCAACGCCCCUUUCGCCUCCGUGUACGCCACGUGGUGCGUGAGUUCCCACAAUCCCAAUCCUCUUGAACUGAACACGAGCGCGGCUCUGGCCUUGCUGCAGUCCAGACAAAGAGGAGACGAGGUUAUAUACACCGUGGCUGCCAUGUGUGCGCCUGGCACGGGGAAGCUAGUCUCAUCCCUCAUCCUCUGGAGACAGACCAUGGAACAGCUGCAGAGGAAACCGGAGCCCAAAGAGGUGGACAUCACUUACGGGAAGAAGGUGAAAGACACCAGCUGCAGAGCAAAGACUGCAAAGGAGGAGUGGAAAGAGAGGGAGGCAUCCACAAACCAAACAAUGCCAACGAGGAUUAAAAUCUUUGAGGGAGGGUAUAAAUCCAAUGAAGACUAUGUGUACGUCAGAGGUCGAGGUCGGGGGAAAUACAUUUGUGAGGAGUGUGGGAUUCGCUGCAAGAAGCCAAGCAUGCUGAAAAAACACAUCCGAACACACACAGAUGUGCGACCGUAUAUCUGCAGGGUUUGCAACUUUGCUUUUAAAACUAAAGGAAACCUGACUAAACACAUGAAAUCCAAGGCGCAUAUGAAGAAGUGUCUUGAACUGGGGGUGUCGGUAACGAUCGAUGAGACUGAGAUACAAGAACAAGCGGACAUUCAACAAGAGUGCAAGACAGAAGUGGCAACAACUACAAAACACCAAUUCUCAGAUGCUGAGGAUUCCGACGGCAUGGAUGAAGAAGCUGAUGAGAUAGACGAAGAAGAUGAUGAGGACGAUGAAUACGAGGGGGACUCCACCCCAAAGCUGCGUUCAAGAAGCACCAGUCCUCAGCCGUGUGGUGUGACCUCGGUGUCGGUUACAGCCUCUGCUGCCGUCCAUGGCUGCUCCUUGAGCACUCUGCCUGGAGCCGACGCCCAUCAGCCAACCUCUGGCAAGCGCUCAGAUCAUCGACCUUCCCUCAUGGCCGAGCAUAGGGAGAAGUUUGUGGAUGAAGACUCUCUGAGCAUGCUGCCUCUGGACCAGACCAGCCUCCCCUUUGAUCCUUACUCUUCUUGCCUACUGUCUCCUGGUUGGGAGUCUCCCAUCCGUGAGCCCUCUCCUUCCCGUCUGCGGUAUCCAUCGCCGAGGCGAGAGCUUUCCCCUCGAGGUCGGUCAUCUCCAAGGUGGGAUUCCUCUCCGCUGAGGCCUGGGUCACCUAAUUUCAAAUCCAUUCAGCACCCAUCCCUGGUCACAGUGGAGCGAUCCAUGUCUCCUGGGAUGGAGCUUGGUGGGAAGCGGGAGUCCUCUGUGAGGGGCAGGCAGAGGGUAGUGCUGAGGGCCGUGUCGCCCCGCAGAGGCUCGCACCAGCAUAAAGGCAGCUGUGAUAAAACCCGACAUCAAGCAAAGCUGGAGCUGGCUCUGCAGCAAGGAGCCUUUGAAAUGGAUGAAAGGAGCAGUCUGGCUUCUGCGCUGCCCAGUCCUGCCAGUUCUCAUCACCAGAACAUCCUCAGCCACCUCCCUCUGCACUCCCAGCGGCAAGCCCACAGUUUGCUCCCCGUCGUUCCUGUCGGAGGGCUCCAGAUGUUGCACUCCCCACCUUCCCCCGGCACCGAUGCUAGCCCCUCAUCAGCGCAGAGCCCUGAGAGCAGCGAAAGCCAACGCGGCAGCAGCAGGGAGGGAUCAGUUCACAGGGCUGAGAUGGGAGCAGAGAACAUUGGAGACCAUCAGGAGACAAGUCCUGAUCCUGCUGUCAAAGACAUCAGACAAGAGGAGAGCGUUCAGACCUGCCUGAAAGCCAUCGCCUCAUUGAAAAUUACCACAGAGCCUCACUGAAAUCAUGUUUUUCUCCUCCGAUCCACCCAUGAACACCUGUAGCCAUCCUUUAAUCACCUUGUCUUUAUUCCAUUAGAGGCUAUAUAAUAAUAUUUCCUUUGGUCUUGCACGUUCAGAGUGAGGAAGACAGUUUCUCUUCACAGGCUAGUCGAGUCAAAUGAACGAGCAGCAGGGUGGUUUGCGAGGUAAAAAAUCAUAAGUGGGUGCAGGUGCAAUAUGGAAAGAUAAAUAUGCUAAUAUGCCUUUUGUCUGAGCUAGUUUGCGUACAAUUGCACAACAAGUGAUAUUUAUGGAUCUUGUACAAAUGUCUUUAACAUAUAUACUCAUUAGAUGCAUACAAACAGUGUAUUUUACUGUGUGUACUUUGAAAAUAGACUGUUGUUUAUGUAAUCAUAUCAAGGUGUAAUGCAGUAGUGCAGUAAUUCUAAAGACUAUUUAUAAGGGGAAAUGUGUAUUAUAAAGCAGUCUGACCAAAUUUGAAAUAACGCUUCUUGUGCAGUUUGGUGCUUCUGAGCAAGCAGCAAGGGUCCGUGCCUUUUUGUUUGAUUUCUCUCGUUGCUUUUCUUUAUUUCUUUUUCCGUAGAUGGUUAAAAAUAAACAUACUCUUAUUGAGAAGUGGCCACGCUUUCUGAGGGUUUGCUCUAAGGAGGGCUUUUUUUCUUGGAUCGUCACUUCUGCCGACAGACGGAUGCAGGUUGAAUUUUGUGAACUGAUCUUAAAAGAAACAUUUCUUAUGUUGCAUUUUUCUUAAUGUUGUGGUUUUUAUCCUGGUACAAAUGCAUGGGGUUUGCUAUUGCACAAAAACAGAGGAAGUAAUGAUGUAAUUAUGCAUACUGUAAGAUGUAUUUAUAUAUUAGAACGUAAGCACUUAUUGAUACUGGUAAAUAUUUGACUACUAUUUAUAUGGUAUAUCUGUAUUUAUGCAGCAGUGAUGCAGUUAUGCAGUGAGCCAUGCUGGCUUUGCUUUUUGCUCUCGUCUUUUUGCUUUGACUCAACAGAGAGCCUGUUUUCUUGCUUAUACGAAAGCUCACAAGCAUUUAUCACAAGUUUUAAUGAUGCACUUUCAUCCCUUCAUGUUUGAUGCUUGAACUGACUCCUUCAGUGAAAAUAGUUAUGUUCUCCUGUAGUUUUUUUUUAAACAUUCCAGUUUUUUCUCAUCGUGCGAAACGUGUUGCGCACAAACAAAAGGGGCUACGACGUUAUUCAAAGUGUUGCAUUUUUGUGGAUAAAUCAAUAACAGUUUCUGCAAGUAAUAUUCAAAUAGUGAUGUUAACAGCAUGGAUUGAUUACUGUGCUUCAGCUCACAAUGUAAGCAAGCAGUCAGUGUAUUUCUUCUUUGUAUGUAUAUAUGUGUAUUUUAAUGAUUUAAACUAUUUUUGCAGUGUUGAAUUUCAAAACUUUUUAUGUGGAUUAUUUUUUAUCUCUUUAGGAGGUAAAAUAACAACAGUCAGAGGAUUUAAUGUGGGUGAAAAUAGCACAGUGUUGAUCAAAAACACGUGUCUCAUCUUUAAAUAAAUGCAUUCAUAUCUUUAAGUGGUGAUCAGUUUGGUACUGCACUAGUUUAAAGAUGAACUUUGUUCACUCAUGUUUACGUGAAAAAAUUUAAAGGUGCACUGCUUUAAAUUUGUUUCUGAAGUUCACAUUUGUGUCAUUUUAUUUGUCGUAGUGAAGCUGCAGAACACAGAUUAAAUGUGAAGGGAAGUUUAAGCCUUUUUGUUUGCUUUUGCAUACAGAAGUAUUCAGAUUUUUUUAUUUGUAUUAUUCAUAUUCACUGAACUGCAUUGUGCCUCUCAUGUCUGUGGAAAGUCCCUGUAAAACAGAGGAUAAAUCAUUUUUACCUCUCAGAUUUAUUUUUGUUUUGUGUUUGAGGGGAAACCUUCAGUAGCCAAACUGUUGUUUAGCUAUUUGCUUGGAAACUGGCUAGUCUGGACAGAGUGCCUCUUUUCUGCAAUGAGGACUUUAUUGUUUGGUGCUCUACUUUUUCAGAUUAAACUCAAAAUUGUUUUAAAAACAAUAUACUUCGAACCCA